GGAAACAUUUGGGUCGAAUGUGAUUUGGUGAAAAGUGCAUAAUAAAUAAUAAAUUGUAAUAUAAAUGUUGGUGUUUAUCCUCGUUGCUACCUGUGAGGAGUGGUGUGUUGCUGUGGCGCCAGCCAGCAGCGCCAGUGAUUGUCACCGCUCUGCUCUGUCUCCAUCUCCUCUGCUGCUUCUCUCGACGCGCAUUGGACGGCUGACAGUGCGUAAGCUCCACUGAAAACUGUAGCCCACACAACCUGUCUACAUAAACACCGAAAGAUGAAGGCUGGAAACCGGACUUGUGCUGAAUAUUUUGAACCGGUUGUCUAAUUAGAAGGAGCAUUUUUUGGGGCUCUGCGCGCUCUUGCUCUGCUGCGCUGCUGGAGUUGCGCGCAGGACUCCGCGGAUCGUUCAGGUCGUCUUGGGUAUGGAUGUAUGCUGACUUUAUGUUGCAAUUUCUUUACUUUGAUAUAUUUACCACACAUGAUGCCGGGCUGGAGCUGCUGCCAUUCCUCCCCCAAGUGUCGGACUCUACCCACUGCACAGCAGCCAACUUCAGGAGCCUGGUGAUGCGGAGGACGCAGAGCAGACAAACUGACAACAAGGGAUUGAAAACGUUUUGCCUGUUUUAUUUGUCUGUUUUUUGUGUGGGGAGAAAAUAGUUUUGGAGCUAGAUGAAGGAGCCACUGUGAAGAUGUAUCACCACAGACGCUUCACACUGGGUUUAAGCAUUUAACGAGGCGUCUGAGAUGCGUUUUCUCCUCCACAAAAUGCUCCAAAGAGUGAUGCAAAGCUGCGCACAAGUUCCCUGUGUUCAGUUGUUGAAUUUUCCAGACAGAAACAAGUAGAUAAGACACUCGUGAGAAGGCUUUCAGCGUUGUUUUUAGGAUUUUCUUUUACUGAAGACUGGAUGAGACGCAGAAAAAGAUGCUCUCUCUCUUUCAUAUUUUACUAACGAUGCUGCAAGGAGGAUUUUUUCCUUUGAACUAAGCCAUUUCGGCUUCCAUACAAUUUCUGGGGGGAUUCUUGUUUUUCCUAAAGGCUCAAAGAAACAUGUUGCAUAUCCUUGCGCUUCAGUCGGUGGUGUUACUUUUUGGAGUAGCCGACUGUCGAAUCGUGGAGGGGCUGCAGAGAUAUUCCUCCAUCCCCACUUACCUGCCUGUCAACUACCAGGUGCUCAACGCUGACUUGGCGUUCUUCCUGAAGGAGGCCAACCAGGACUUCAUGAGGAACUCUAGCCUGAUGUCACGGACUGAGCCCUUCUUCAUCUACCAGGCCAGAAGUUUGCCCUCGGUGAACGCGAGCUAUGGGCCCCUCUCUCUGGAGCAACCCGUCCCUUUAGAGCUCCUGCAGACCCCGGGGACGUUUCCCGCCUCCUCCGUUUUUACCUUCAACUGGAAGGUGCAGACCUUUAUAAUGAAUACCAGGAUUCACUUGGCCAAACCCAGAGUCCAAGUGCUGUUUUACAUCGCAGGCAGGGACUGGGACGACUACAGCGCCAUCGACAAGCUGCCCUGCGUGCACAUGUUUGCUUUCCAUGAAACCCAAGAGGUGCGUGGCACCUGCCAGCUGAAGGGGGAGCUGGGGCUGUGUGUGGCCGAGCUUGAGCCUUUGGCCAGCUGGUUCAGCCCGCCCAGCGUGGUGCCGGGGCGCCAGAGGAACCUGGAAGUGUCCGAGGGCACGCCGGUGGAGCUCUACUACAUGCUGCAGUCCACAGAAGCAGGAGAGUGCCACUCAGAGGAGGCCAGGAAGGACAGCUUCAUUCGCUCGAGCCAGGAGGGGCUUUUUGGUUCGUAUACCUCAACGCCGCUGAAGAGAAUCGGUGGUGUGAGGCUGUACCAGAACCCCACUCCACCACCCCUCGCUGAACACAGGCUGGAUAAUAACUUCAUGGUCAUGGUGCCGGCCACGCCAAUGAGGCAGAGGGAAACCAUCUCUGCUUUUAUCACGGUGUCAGCCUUCUCUCCCGUGGAGAUGUUUACUCUCAGAGUCAAGUUGAAAGAAGGAGUGACAUUUCUCGGGGCUCGUCCCAGCAACCCGACUCAGUGGAUUGUUAGCCAGGAUGUGAGGAGUGAAGGCCAUCGGGUGGUGACUCUCCACUGCCGCAGGAAGGAGUCCGGCUAUGAUCAGCAAAGGUCUGAGAUGGGAGUUCAGAGGGUUCUCCAGGUGGAUCUGAAAAUGGAAAGCUUUCCAGAGCCGCUGGGCAGCCGCUGGAUGGCCUGGCAGGUGGAGUACCCGGCCAGCCGUGCUGUCACACAAGAGGUGGAGACGGAGAUCCGUCUGGCGCAGGAGGACCUAGCCGGCAUUGUGCCCCUGGCCAUGGACUCUGAGAUAUUGAACACCGCCGUGCUGACUGGGAAGACAGUGGCUGUCCCAGUGAAGGUGGUGACCAUUGGAAUAGAUGCCUCUGUUAUUGAUGUCUCCGAGGCAGUCAAGUGUCGCUCCACAGACGAGGAUGUGGUCAAGGUGUCAGACAGGUGUGACUACGUUUUCGUGAAUGGCAAGGAGAUGAAGGGCAAGGUGAGGAUGAUGGUGAACUUCACCUACGGAUACCUGAGCGCUCAGCUGGAGCUCAACGUGUGGAUCCCUCGACUCCCCCUCCAGAUUGAGGUGUCAGACACGGAGCUGAGCCAGAUCAAAGGGUGGAGGGUACCCGUCAUGGCCACCAGUCAGAGGUCCACGCGGGACAGCGAGGACGAGGACGACGAAGACAGACGAGGACGGAGCUGCACUCUGCAGUAUCAGCACGCCAUGGUCAGAGUCCUGACCCAUUUUGUGGCCGAGUCAGCCGAUCCUCGAGGCCAGACCAGCUUCAUGCUGGGCACCGACUGGCAGGUGGAUAUCACGGAGCUGGUGUGGGACUUCCUGAAGGUGGAGGACCCCCAGAUCGCACAGCUACUGGACAGGAGGAUACUGGUGGGACUGGACGUGGGGAUGACCACUAUCCAGGUCUUGUCUCCUUUGUCAGACUCGAUCCUGGCAGAGAAGACGAUCACAGUGGUGGAUGACAAAGUGACCAUCACUGAGUUGGGGGUCCAGCUGGUGACCGGCCUCUCUAUGAGCCUGCAGCUCAGUCCGGGAAGCAACAGAGCCAUCCUGGCUACCACGACCACACAGGAGGUUUUGCAGAGCCCCAAGCAGGAGGCUUUGAUCAGCGCCUGGCUACAGUUCAGCGACGGCUCCGUGGCUCCUCUAGACCUGUACAACGCUGACUUUUUUGUCCUGACAGCCACCUCCCUGGACGAAGAAGUAGUGACAGUGCAGCAGAACCCCUCGUGGAAAUGGCCUGUCAUCGUGACCGAGGCGGAGGGACAAGGCCUGUUGGUUAGGGUGGAAAUGACUGUUUGCGAAAUGUGCCAGAAGUUCAAGCGUCGCAGCAUCCUGGCAGCGGGGAACUGUAACAUCAGGGUGAAGUUUGGUCAUGACAGGGGAGGUAACAGCGACUACGGCCCUGAUGGAGACGAUAUGGAGAACAGAGGCAGGCUCCCCCCUUCACAGGAUAGGACUGGCCUUGACACCCACUACUAUGGUAGCUCCAUCUCUGACAUGGAGGAUGGGGUGUUGAGGAGAGCCACCACCACGAGAAGCGCAAUAAUGCGCAGACCCAAUGGCAAUAAGCUUUCAGAUGAUGGUAGCCAAAACAUGCCAAUUGAUUUUGCUGACUUCCCCGCGCAAGUGGACCUCCCCCGUGGCCGCAAUAUGGACGACGACCUCAUUCAGACUGCUCGUGGGCUCACAGACCUGGAGAUCGGCAUGUACGCCCUACUGGGAGUCUUCUGCCUCGCCAUCCUGGUCUUCCUCAUCAACUGCAUCUCCUAUACCCUGAAAUACCGCCACAAGGAGCUCUCGAUCGAGGGCCAGGAGAACAUGAACCACGCCCACGAUUGGGUGUGGUUGGGGAACGAGGCGGAGCUGCUGGAGAGCCAGAUCAGCCUGUCGCCCCAGCAGGAGGAGCAGACCUCCAUGAUGGACUCGAGCAGCGGACUCGAGGAAGGCAGCCACUUGCUGAACGGAGGCUCGGCUCAGAAGAACGUGCAGGGCCAAGUGCAUCGGGCGGCGGACACGGGUUGCAUAGCCAAGGACAGCAAAGGAGACUCACCCACGACCAAGAGGAAGCGAGUCAAGUUCACCACAUUCACCACCAUCCCGUCGGACAGUAGCUACCCCACUGUCAACACACUGACUGGAAGCCACAGCCAGGACAUUAAGUGGGUGUGCCAAGACGUAGAGCUGGGAGACUCCAAGGAGUUGCGCAACUACAUGGAAAGAGGAAAGCGGGUCUGGACAGAAACCGGACCUCCAGGAGGUGAAAGAGGAGGACUUCAGAAUCACCCCAAACUGCCAAAGGGUCAUUAAAGUUAAGAGGAUUGUCCAAGUGACUGAGGAUGAAUAAGUAACGGAAAAAUAUUUCAAUGAACAAGGACGUCAGGUGGUUCUUUUCUUUUUCAUUUGUUUAUCAGAUGAUUACCUUUUUAUCAUUGUUUUAUUACUACAGGGUUUUAGGUAGAAUCAAGUAAUGAUCCUGCAGCCAACAAUGACCUGUGAUAAUCCAGACCACAUGUAAAUGUUAAAACAAAAACAGUAACAUGACUUAGAUAGAUGUUCUGAAUGUGUGUGUACAUUAAAUGGUUUUGGAAGUUUUGUAACAUUUUGGAUAUUAAUUUUACUACGCCAGAUCCUUAUUCUGUGGAAGAGUUCUGGGGAGGCCAAAGCAAAAGCCAAGAGAAAUUUCUGCAUGUUGUUGGAACAAAAAAAAAACAAAAAAAAAAGAUUAAAAAAAAAAAAAAAAGAGGCACAACUUUCCGGUUCAUUAUCAUCCUCCUUAACACGGCAGAAGACCUGUUAUGUAUAUACCGAACAGUCUCCAAAGCAUUGUAUUGUUGCUCUGUAUAUUGUAUUUUCAUAACAUUUAAGAAAUACACAACAAUGUCAAGAGCGUGUAUUAGCUUUUAUUGACCGCAGCAUCACCAGGCCAUUCAUUUUAAGAAGAAGGAGGAAAAGCCAAUUACACAUUCAUCUUUUGUAUCAAGAGAAUUUUACGGGAUGCAGUUUAGCCACAAGCCACGGCACAAUCAGCUCCCCUUUAAUGCCGGCCAGUGGAGGAAGGCAGCGGCUAUUAAUACUCUCAUCUCGACUAUUAGAACACAGCGCCCGAACAUGACGGCCAGUGUAUGAAGGAGCUUUUAAAUGAAAUUGGUAAUGUGACAUUUUCUCCUGCCACCCCCCCUCAGUUUAAAGUUGUUUGAGCUUUGAAGAAAAUGCCAAUUAAGGUCUCGUUAACCUCUGGACC